AUGUCUAGUAUUGCAGUGAAAGCUUUUCUGAAGAAGCCCCAAGAGCCUGGGGAGUAUGAAAUUAGGAGAUUCAACCUAGAAGCGAAUGUGGCUUCCAGUUUCUUGCAUUUGGUUGGAAGAAUUUGCAUAGUCUUCCCCGAGUUAGCCAACAAAAAGUUGAAGCUCCUCUGGAAAGAUAGUGAGGGUGACAUGAUAACUUUUUCGAGUGAUCAGGAGUUGAUGAUGGCUCUUGAAGGGUCUUCAUCUGCAGAAACAUUCAAAAUUUUUAUCGAAGUGGACCCCACAGAUGCUGCAGAGAAGAGUGAACCUCAAAAGAGCAAUCUAAAACAGCAAAAGAAGGAGUUGCACCCCAACAUAACGUGCGAUGGAUGCGAGGGGGAAGUGAGAGGGACUAGGUACAAAUGCACGGUCUGCCCAAAUUAUGAUCUCUGUGAGGCGUGCAAGGCAACUGGUCUCCACGAGGAACAUGAGAUGAAGGCGUUCGAGAAACCUGUCAAUGGCAGACGUCAUUAUCACCACCCUGGACAUGCCCAGUUUCACCAUCACUUUCCCCCUCAUCAUCAUGCUCCCCCUCAUCAUCAUGUUCCACCUUUCUUCACUCCACCACCUUACUCUGGCGGACAACCCAACGUCCCACCACCUCCAUUGUUUUCAAACUCUAAUGUGUUCGGUAUGGCAGCACCCUUUGUUGGCAUGGGGGUGCCAUUUGCUUCCGGUGCGGAUGCCCAGAAAGAUGCCAGGAAAGCAUGGAAGAGAUGGUGGAAGCAGGUCCAUGGGUUUGGAUGUGAUGGGCAAAAUGGUUCAAAAAAAUGUAAGAAGGAGGAGAAGAAAUCUGAGAGGGAUGGUGAAUCGAGAGAUGAUUCUGAAGAAAAGAAACGAGAUGAGAAGAUGGAAGAAGAACAUGCGACCGCCAAGGACAACAAUGCUGGUGCUGGCUCAACUGGUAGCAGCAGCGAAGAUGAAGAUCCUAGAACUGCUCAGGCUGAGUACUUGAGAUCAGUUGGACAGUCGGUGGCAGCCAUGUUGGACCCCCUUGGAAUUUCCGUGGAAGUUGAUGUCGAGCACAACGGCAAGAAACAUCACUGCCACAAAAAGGCCAACUUGAAGAAUGCAGGAGAGUACUUCAAAGAUUUUACUUUCCCUGGCGGAUGUGCAUGGGUCUUCCAAGGACCAGGAACUGGAGGAGUUGGAGUGCAAACUAGUAGUGGCACCUUCUCUCAAUCCCAUUCACAGUCUCAAUCCCAAUCUACUUCUGGAGCUACCCCCACCAAUACAAAUGCAUCCAAUGGUACUACCACCACUACUACAUUCACAACUGGACCCAACGGAGCUACCACCAAGAUGACCACAGUCACCAGCACAAAAACUUCAUCCUCCUCCUCCUCCUCUUCCUCAACUACAACAACUGAUUGCAAACCAAAGGAGACAGCCGAAGGAGCUGCAGCAGCUCAGAAGAACCCUGAAACAUCACCUGGGAGUCUUGAAGAUAAAUCCCCGGAAUCUGAUUGGACGUUCGUAAAAGAUGACGAUAUGGUCAGCGAAUCAACUGUGAGUAUGCAGAAACUGAAAAUAGGUCAGGAUGACCCAGUAAUCUUGAAUGCGGUUGAUCACAUGCAGCUGAUGGGAUUUGAGGACGAUGGCAAAGGUGGUGACCUCUACGAGCUGCUGACCAGCCUCAGUGGUGACAUCAGCAAGGCCAUUGACGUCAUCAAUUUCAAUAAGAAGAUGCAGGAGAAGAAGGAUUAA